CUCCUUGGCUCUCACCUCUGCUGCUCUAUCACAAUCCCAAAACCCCAAAAAACCUUCUCUUUUUGUAGCUGCACCAAGCCAAGAAGAGAAGAAGAGAAGCAUGGUGCAACAGCACAGAAUCUACAUCCUACAGUUCAGGAAGGGCGAGCAGGAGCAGGAGGUCUCAUGCAAGGUCUCGCCUCCCAAGGGCGGCGCCGGCGCCGGCGCCGGCGGCCGACGUGUCAUGUACUACUACCAUGACUAUGGUGGUGGUGGUGGUGGUGGGAAGAGCGGCAAGACGGUGCAGCCUAGGGCGUUCAGCAUGCGACGCUUCUUUGGCUUGCUGCUGCUGUCGUUCGUCUCCGUCGGGACGCUGUUCGUGGCGCCCGUGUCGUUCUUCUCGUUCGUGCACUCCGACGAGGGCGGCGAUGCUGCGGCGGCGGCGGCGGCGAAGGGGAUGGCGGCGGCGGCCGCGGCGUGCUCCGGGAUGGGGAAUGGUAGCCUUUGCUGUGACCGGACGUCCACGCGCGCGGAUAUCUGCUUCGCGCGCGGCGACGUGCGCAUGCACUCGGCGAGCGCGUCGUUCCAGCUCGUGUCGUCGUCGUCGUCGUCCGGGAACGCGACGGCGAUGGGGGAGGAGGAGAGGAUACGGCCGUACACGCGCAAGUGGGAGGCGAACGUCAUGGCGACCAUCGACGAGGUGCGCCUCCGCCGCGUGUCCCCCGGCGACGCCGCGCGGUGCGACGUGGUGCACGACGUCCCCGCCGUGCUGUUCUCCACCGGCGGGUACACCGGCAACGUGUACCACGAGUUCAACGACGGCAUCCUGCCGCUGUUCGUGACGUCGAACCACUUCCGCCGCCGCGUGGUGUUCGUCAUCCUCGAGUACCACGACUGGUGGAUCACCAAGUAUGGCGACGUCGUGUCCCGCCUCUCGGCGUUCCCGCCGAUCGACUUCACCGCCGACCGCCGCGUGCACUGCUUCCCCGAGGUGAUCGCCGGCCUGCGCAUCCACGGUGAGCUCACCGUUGAUCCCGAGAAGACGCCGGAGGGCAAGAGCAUCCGCCACUUCCGGACGCUCCUCGACGACGCCUACCGCGGCCGCAUCCAGUACCUGGAGCGCCUCGAGCGCCGGGCCGCUCGAAAGCGCCGCGGCGCCACGGCCAAGUCGACCUCCAUCGCGCUGCCGAUCGCGCCGCCGACGAAGCACGCCUCGCCGGACAGGCCGAGGCUGGUGAUCGUGUCGCGCACGGGGUCCCGCGUGAUCGAGAACGAGGCGGACGUGGCCGCGCUCGCCGCCGACGUCGGGUUCGACGUGCGCGUGAUCCGCCCUGAGCGCACCACCGAGCUGUGCAAGAUAUACCGGGAGCUCAACGCCAGCGACGCCAUGGUGGGCGUGCACGGCGCCGCCAUGACGCACUUCCUCUUCAUGCGCCCCGGCAAGGUGUUCAUACAGGUGGUGCCCCUCGGCACCGACUGGGCCGCCGGCGCCUACUACGGCGAGCCGGCGGCGCGCCUCGGCCUGCGCUACGUCGGCUACAAGAUCCUCCCCGAGGAGAGCUCCCUCUCCCGCGAGUACCCCACCGGCGACCCCGUGCUCACCGACCCCGCCGGCGUCGGGAAGCGCGGCUGGGACGUGACCAAGAAAGUCUACCUCGACCGGCAGAACGUCCGGCUCGACCUGGCACGCUUCAGGGAGGAGCUGGUGAAAGCUCACCAAUACUUGCUCGCCGGCGGCCGGCGCCGGCGCCGGCAAAGAGACAGCCACCAGUGAGCAAUCAAUCAACCGUUCGCUCUUUGACCAGCGGUUUGGUUAACCAAAUUAACUACUCCCAUAUGCUAUUAUAGCUCUACACAUUUUUUUUCCCAUUCUUCUUCUUGUUUACAUACUGACUUGACCUGACAAUUCUUUGCAUUAGAUUGUGAAUUGAUGUACUUGUGAUCCAUGGUGGUUUUUACAAAUUUCAGUUCUCUGAACUUGAUGUGCAUAUAUACUCAAUAAAGAGAUCAAAUUACACUGCAUCUGUACUACUACACUCUGAGGUGUUCAAUUUUUUUUGCAAUUUUGUGGUUGAUGGUAGAGACGAGUUGGUGCUUGCAGGACAAGAGCUUUGAACAGCUUGCUGCCACAGGAGGAUCUGUCUGAAACAUGCAUGCACAGAACACUACAAAUUUGUGCAACUUUGGCAGGUUAGUCUCAUCGAUUAGGAGGCUGCUUACCCUAAUUUCCAGCCUGGAUUGAGGUUCCGGUUGGUUGAAACAUAGUAAUCAGCUUUUGUUUAGCGUCAAUAAAGACUGCUAAUUGGUGGCCAUAAAGCUAGCUCUACUACCCUCUACCUUUCACGCUUGGACAGCUGCAACACAACGCCACUAUCACCUAGUGAAUUAGUGAUCGAAAAAAUCGAUCUUUUCGAUGCAAGAACACCCAUUU